AUGAGAUAAAAUCAAUUAUUUCAGCAAAGGAGAUUGGCCAUUCACAAUUAUGCAGAAAUAAUGCAAUAACUCAAAAGGUCUUGGAUAUAGAAUUCAUCUUAUUUUCAAGAAAGUAAACCGUAUAAUUAUUAUGUGUAGAUAAUUUUAAAGAUAAACUCCUUUAAGCUCUAAGAAUUUAUUAAUAUUUGCUCAAAACCAAAUGCUGA